UAAAACAUGCGAUAGCAUGACAUGCAAGUGCAUAGACAGUCGAUCCUUCGAGAAGACUCAAUCAAGACCGAAAGAAUCAAGAAGGCUCAAGAUAAAGGCAAAACCAGAAGAAUCAAGACUGAGAAUGAAGACAAUCGCAUUUCUGUUGUUGAUCAUUGGAUCAUUUCUCUUGGCUGCAAACGCUGCUGCAAAUAAAAGGGAAAAAAAAUCACCGCAGGUUUACCCCGCCGUACGCCUAGGGUUAUUCUAUGUAAAUCGCUUAGCCCUUGUGCAGUUUGGCAAAAUGAUUAUGUGUGAAACAAGAAAAUUUCCAUGGUCGUACAACGGCUAUGGUUGCUGGUGUGGCAAAGGAGGAAGUGGGACACCAGUUGAUGCCACAGACAGAUGCUGCAAAGACCACGACCGCUGCUAUGAAAACCUUGAAAGGAGUGGUGUCUGUUGGAAAAAUGCUUGGUGGUAUACACCAUAUAUCCGCUACCGUUGCUCUGAAUGCUCGAGGUUUAACAUUAAUUGUGGCAAAAGACUCUGUCAAUGUGACCAGGCAGCAGCUCGAUGUUUCAAGCGAGCAUUAUCAACAUACAACAGUGGAUUCAAAGGCUACCGUUCAAGAGGGUUCUGCUAAGAUCAGGAAAUAUACUUUUCAUCAAUGCCAAUGGAUUAAUAAUUCACGUAGACAGUAAACCGUGUAUGUCAGUAGUUAUACGUAUAGUUUUAAUUAAAUAUACCUCUU